CCCAAGUUGAUGGGCAUUGCCAUUCAAACGGUGUGUGCGUAUAGCGAUGAGGAGACAUCAGCAAAAGGGAGGAAGCUCAUGCAGAAGCUAAGGCAGCUUUCAGUCUAAAUAAUGUAUCCUUGCGAGAUGCCUGUGCCACAAGAUGAACACACUAGGAUGAAUAAAGAACCAUUGGUUUAUUGCAUGAAAUAAAAGAGGAAGAGUAUAAAGGGGCUGAUUCAGGCAGCAACAUUACAGAUGUGCAAGCAGCUGUGAGAAUUUGCCACAGUACCAAAGAUCUUUGAGGACUGGAAGCAACAGAUAAUAACAAGCCCCACCUGCUAACAUGGAAGCAACAUGCCUCGUUGUCCUGCUCAGGUUAUGCGUCCAGAUAUUAGCCUUCCCUGCUUACUUGCUGUGGUAUCUGGGUAUCUGGGAACCCCUUUGCAAGAAGUUAUUCCCCUACUUCAUGUCUGUGAUGGCAAUCAGUUAUAAUAAGCAGAUGUCCGACAAGAAAAGGGAAAUGUUCAGCAACCUGAAAGACUUUGCCAGUCCUACGGGGGCCCUCACACUGCUGGAGAUUGGCACAGGAACUGGCUCCAACUUUCAGUUCUACCCCGUGGGAUGCAAAAUCAUAUGCACUGAUCCGAACCCCAACUUCCAGAAGUUUCUCAACAAGAGCCUGGCUGAAAAUCCACACGUGCAGGUGGAACGCUGUUUGGUGGCUCCGGCUGAGGACCUGCACCAGGUACCAGCUGCAUCGGUGGAUGUGGUGGUUUCAACGCUGGUGCUAUGCUCUGUGAAGAGCCCGGAGCAAGUUAUGAAAGAAGUCCUACGGGUGCUGAGACCGGGUGGCGCUUACUACUUCCUAGAACACGUUGCAGGUGCUCCUUCCAGCUGGACUCUUUUCUGGCAGCAGAUCUAUGAUCCAGUUUGGAUAUGUCUGUUUGACGGGUGCCACUUGGCCAGAGAAACCUGGAACGACCUGGAAAAAGCUGGCUUCUCAGAGCUGAAGCUGCAACACAUACAUGUCCCUUUAAAAUGGCAACCUAAUAAGCCGCAUAUCAUAGGUUAUGCUGUAAAGUAGCUUGGAAAUAAAUUACUGAACAAAAUCUCCAUGCAGGUGUCUCUGGGUUGGGGUGUAGAACCUAACCGUAAGAAUUAUAGGACAACCCAUCACUAUGUCACCUAUGGCCUGUGAACCUCUUGUGCAAUCUAUAAUUGGAUGCACACACAUGUAUGUUAUCGCCAAUCCAUUUUUUAUUUCCACUUGACAGACUGUCCAGCUACCUUCACUUUCCACAAUCCAGCUGCUCCCAUGCAGAUGUGAAUGUUGCCAUAACACAUAGCUUGGGCUUGCCUCAUUCACUUACACGUGAGCAUG